AGAAACUGGUGGACAGAAGAGGACCAGAAUCCUGGCCUCUGGCCUUUCUUGUUCUUAGGCUAAGAUGCAGCCCGCCCCCCUCCCACCCACGCCCGCAGACUUGACUGGCACGCGCCAGGAGCCCGGGCUCGGGCCCCUCGGAGCGUCUGAUUGGCUGCGGGGCAGCUCCCGUCUGCUCUGCCUGCGCCCUCAUUGGGCGAGAGGCGCAGCCAGCGGCACUUCAAAGCGGGUGCUCCUCGCACUUAGGCUGAGUUUUGCCGGCGGGAGCCCAGAGUCCGCUCGGCGCGAGCGCGGGACGCGGCAGCCGCGCGGGACCCGAAUUCUGAUUCCCAGCAGCCGCCAGGCUUAACACCGCUCCCGGCCUCGCCGCGCAGCCCGAAGACCUGCUAUGGCCACGUCUAUACUCGGGGAAGAGCCACGCUUCGGAACGACCCCGUUGGCCAUGCUGGCGGCGACUUGCAACAAGAUCGGCAACACGAGCCCCCUGACGACCCUGCCCGAGUCCAGCGCCUUCGCCAAAGGCGGCUUCCACCCCUGGAAGCGCUCCUCGUCCAGCUGCAACCUCGGCUCCAGCCUCUCGGGCUUCGCGGUGGCCACGGGCGGCCGCGGCUCGGGCAGCCUGGCGGGUGGCUCGGGAGCCGCCAACAGCGCCUUCUGCCUGGCCUCCACGUCCCCCACGUCGUCCGCCUUCAGCAGCGACUACGGCGGCCUCUUUUCCAACUCGGCGGCGGCGGCGGCCGCGGCGGCCGGCGUGUCCCCGCAGGAGGCGGGCGGCCAGUCGGCCUUCAUCUCCAAGGUGCACACGACGGCGGCCGACGGUCUGUACCCGCGCGUGGGCAUGGCGCACCCGUACGAGUCGUGGUACAAGUCGGGCUUCCACUCGACGCUGGCGGCCGGCGAGGUGACCAACGGCGCGGCGUCGUCGUGGUGGGACGUGCACGGCAGCCCCGGGUCCUGGCUGGAGGUGCAGAACCCCGCCGGGGGGCUGCAGAGCUCGCUGCACUCGGGCGCCCCCCAGGCCUCGCUGCACUCGCAGCUGGGCACCUACAACCCCGACUUCAGCUCGCUCACGCACUCGGCCUUCAGCUCCACCGGCCUCGGCUCGUCGGCCGCCGCAGCCUCGCACCUGCUCUCCACCAGCCAGCACCUGCUGGCCCAGGACGGCUUCAAGCCGGUGCUGCCCUCCUACUCGGACUCCAGCGCCGCGGUGGCCGCGGCGGCCGCCAGCGCUAUGAUCUCGGGCGCCGCGGCGGCCGCCGCCGGGGGCAGCUCGGCGCGCUCCGCCCGGCGCUACUCGGGCCGCGCCACCUGCGACUGCCCCAACUGCCAGGAGGCCGAGCGGCUGGGUCCGGCCGGGGCGAGCCUCCGACGCAAGGGGCUGCACAGCUGUCACAUCCCGGGCUGCGGCAAGGUGUACGGCAAGACGUCGCACCUGAAGGCGCACCUGCGCUGGCACACGGGCGAGCGGCCGUUCGUGUGCAACUGGCUCUUCUGCGGCAAGCGCUUCACGCGCUCGGACGAGCUGCAGCGGCACCUGCGGACUCACACGGGCGAGAAGCGCUUCGCCUGCCCGGUGUGCAACAAGCGGUUCAUGCGCAGCGACCACCUGAGCAAACACAUUAAGACGCACAACGGGGGCGGCGGGGGCAAAAAGGGCAGCGACAGUGACACGGACGCCAGCAACCUGGAGACGCCCCGCUCCGAGUCCCCGGACCUCAUCCUGCACGACUCCGGCGUCAGCGCAGCCCGGGCGGCGGCGGCGGCAGCGGCGGCGGCGGCGGCGGCAGCGGCGGCGGCAGCGGCUUCGGCGGGAGGAAAGGAAGCUGCGAGCGGUCCCAACGACUCCUAGAGGUUGGCGGAGAGGCGCGAGCGAGCAAGUAGAGACACCCAGAGCGAGCGAGCGAGCGAGCGAGAGGUUCGGAGGGCGAGCGAGUGGGCGCACGGGAGGGCAGGGGCUCCAGCGACGCCCCCGGAGCCCAGGCUGGGCGCGAGGUGGAGCAGCGCGGAACCCCGGGCGGUGGCUUGCAGGCGGCGCCGGAGUUGCUCUCCACCCAUUGCGCCCAGAUGAGAAUCGAUCUCGAGGUCCAGAAACAAAAGCGAGCCAUCCUCCGACAGGUUCAAAAGUGCACACACACACACACACACACACACACACACACACACACACACACCAGAGACCCACAACCGCAAGAACGCACACUUCCGCGCGCGCACUCAGAGGCACCCACUCGAACAAACUUCUCCAGAGAAGAGCAAUACACAGAAAUGUCCCCUCCCUCCACUGCCCACUGCCCACUCCCCCCACCAUCCUUCUCUGUCCUUUUCUCAAAAACAAAAAAACAAAAACUAGCUACCAUUCAGCAAAGGACUGUCAGAACUUUCGAAUGAAAACAAACGAGACCUAUAAAAACAGACCGUUGGUGUGGAUUAUAUUAUAUAUAAAAUCUCCAAGUCCUGCUUGAUGUCUACUUACAAUGAGACUUUUUUUUUUUCUAAAAAAGGAAGCAUCAAAAAAGGCUUAAGGUGAGAGAUUCAACUGGAAGUCUAGCAACAGUUUCUCUGUAUUUCAUAACAUCUGUAUAAAUAGGGUUCAAAGGAUUGUGUUCUCUUUUAUUUUCUUGUAAAUGUUCAUUCGAAUAGGUUUUUUUUGUGAAUUCCUGAAAUUCAGGGAGUUUCUUUUUAAUUUUCUGAUGCACUUUGUGAAAGUCAGUAUAUAUGUAAAAGAUAUUUAAAAUGUUGAGUUACCAUUUCACUCAAAACACGUAAGUUAAGGUCAUCUAAAGAAAUUAAAUGCGUUUAUCUGUAUGAAGAGAAUCUUGACAUCAUAUUUUCAUUUUGGUGUUAUUAAAGGACUCUAAACAACACUCCUCCUUUUAAAAAAAUAUCCUGUUUCCCCCUCAAUAAUCUUUAAUGUGGAAUCAACUAUUUUUUGGUUGGGAAACAAAUUCCCUUAAUGUUAGUUGUAGGCAAUGAAGUUUAUAUGGGUUGCAAAAGCCAUAACACACAUACAUUUUUUUGAGAAGUCAAAAUUAUUUAUUUGUAUAUCAACAGCAUAAAUUAAAUCGGGUUAUAAGAA